AUGAACGCAACCUGCACUCGAAUCACCCUUCCAUCCCAAAUCUUCCGUCCACGUUUGAUCACUCCCCAUGUACCUGUUACCCAGACUAAAGCCCAUUCGUUCUGGCGAUCUGGAAAGCCAGCCACGUUAGACGGUCUCACUCGACGUCUUGGCGGUCAACGGAUACGAGUCUGUGCAUGGCUAGAGCGUGGUGGUAUAUACAAUAGUACUCUCAUGCCCCAUAAUCAGCCCAGAGACUUCCUUCAAAGCCGAAUGCAUUGUUCUCCUCAAAUGUCCCACUCACCUGGUAGUCUACGAGAAGAUAAUGACUCAACUCGAUGGGGAUCUGGCCCAAACGCCUGCAGUCCUGUGUGGGCAGACUACGAUGAUCCCCGAGCUGUGACUUUUAAGUGGAUCGGCACUGACGAUAUUCGGCUCUACGAAUUCCAGCUACAUACAUGUGAUAACCUCUAUUCUCCACUUACUCGACCAUGUUGUAAGGAAAACAACUUAGUGGCUUUUGAGCUACAGCAGCGUGGCACCUGGCUCUACCUCAAUGAAUUCCACUGUCGCUGUCGUGAACCUGCUGAAAUUCGAGAAAUUACUUACGCUAGACCACUUCCACCAAACAACCGAGUCAUUCAUCCUCUUUUCAUUAGUAUGACUUGUAGGAUACCGCCAGUGUGCGCCACCCUGGCCACACCAUGUUUUUAUGAGGUACCGAAUGCGGAGGGUCUAUUGGUCAGUGGUAUCUUCGUGUGCCAGUGUCCCCGGCGUUAUUUUUGCGACGCCUAUCAUAUGCGACGACCGCGGGUCCACGCGACCACAAACACUGGUCAAAGUAUCUACUUCACUUUCUGUCAGUUGUCUUUCUUUUAA